CAUAAAGCCGAAUUAGCAAAGUAUCUUACUUUCACAAGCACAUUACUGUUUUGUCAUCAGCCGGGAAAAAGCAUGUCAGAGAUGAUAACUUUUAAAACACUGUCAUGUGAUACACUCCAUAGUAUCCCUCAGGCAUCUACUGUAGCAGAGAUGAGAAAGUCUGUAGCCUUAAACCUGGACACCGAAUACUGGCUCGUCGAUAUCGUGAACGUGGACAACUUCUUCAUCUACGAUUCAGAGACUACGAGUGACGUCCUGCACGAUCCAUUCCACGUCAUGGUGUGGGCGGAGAGCCGACCUGUGUCUGGACAGCUUACAACAUCCAACCCAGACAUCGUGUGGGAGUACGAGUCAGACUCAAGACUGGAGCUCUCAUGUGGCCAUGCUAUCACGCCCGACAAUUUGUACGGUUUAGUUCGUGAGAAAAUUCUUCAAAACGAGCACAUUCUACGAUGUCCUGGGAAAAUAGGCUUUAGAACUUGUAAUCAAAUAUGGGAUAAUCAAGAAAUCCUGGAAAAGUGUAUGUUAAGUGUCGACGAAUACAUCUUUUUUACUGGAAAACUUUCUUUCAACUAUUUAAACAAAACAAACAAUGAAGAUAUAAAGAACUGCCCUAGAUGUGGCUCAUAUUGCAUGAAGAUAAGAAGUUUAGAAACACAUGUGAAAUGUGUAUACUGUUCAAACAGUCAGUAUUGCACCUAUAAAUUUUGUUGGUAUUGUAUGGAAGAAUGGAAACCGAACCAUGACUGUAGCUUGUUCAACGAGUUGGGAAAUAAUGCGGAAAUAUCCUGUCAGUUGCGAGACUGCCCCAGAAAAACUCUCGACUAUUCCAAUAUGGAAGAUGUUCCUUCAAAACGUCUAUGUCCAAAUUGUAAGACAUUGUUACAGCAUGACCAAGCCUGUAAAUCUAUGUUAUGUAAAUUUUGUAAAACAGAAUUUUGUUUUGCAUGUUUGCAAAUAGCAAUCAAUGGAAAACUACCAUGUGGGGAAUUUAAUGGACGCUGUAAUGUAGCACCCAUUCAAUCAACAUAAUCCCUUUUGUACUGAACGUCUUCGUCAAAUGUGCUCAAGAUAUAAUAAUAUGAUAAAAAUAAAACUAAUAUCAAGCUA